UUUGACAGCUUUAAAGAAAUUUGCACAAAGGAAGGAGACAGCUGCUGUUCUGAUGAAGGAUUUUUCUGAGCAGGCCUCCCAAGCUAGACGUGCCACUAUGAGAUGCUGCCUCCACUUUUCAUCAUGAGCAACAGGUGACUAAUCUGCAAUCAAAAACACUUCGCGGGAAUGGAUCAGUCGCUGUUAUGAAGUUUGAGCUUAUAGCAUUUUUUCAUGCUGGAAUGUGAGGGCUGAGAAUGUGUUGACACAGCGCAGUUGAGGACUUCCAGACACAGUGAAAUCCUUGCAAGAGGCAUCAGAGAGUGGAUUGCCAGAGUUUUAGAAGCCCGGCAGCUGUUAGCCUGUUGCAGCAUGAGGAAGAGUCUUCGGUCUCUCCAAUGCACAGGAAAGAGAAGACGAAUUGUAGUAAAUGUCCGCCUUCGAUACUGAGAAAAAGGCCACCCGUGAACCAAGCUGUGAGUGAAAAGCGAAAAGCAGAGAGAAGGGUUCGAUUUCGUGAGCCAGAGAUCACUGGAUAUGACAUUUCCUGCUGGGACUACAGAGUUGCACAUGACAGGCCAUCAGCUGGAUUGCCCUUGUUCCUGUGGAUUUCGCUUUGUUUAGUGCUGAUCCUGGCUGUGAGUCUGUACUACAGCAGCGUGAAGCAGAAUUUCAAAGUCUUGGAAGAAUUUCAAUCCCAGCUCGUUAUCUUCUUUCUUCAGAUAAGACGGGUUGCUUUGAAAUGCUGGACUUGGUUUAUGAGGCAAUAACGGUGUCACACGUGUGGAAUUGUGCAUGGCCCAAGACAAAGAUCUUAGCAGAUAACAUCUAAAUGUAUAUUGCAGCACAAGGCUGACAGCCCACUCAACCCAAACACCAGAGAAUGCGCCAGCCUUCCCUUUGAAGACUAACUGAGCUGACCCUGUCGUGUACACACCUUUUCCUGUAGCCACUUGUCUUCCAUUUCUUUUAUUAUUAUUGUAUAUAUUACACUAACACCUAAAGGUUGCAACCAAAAUCAGAGCUCCAUUGUCCUAGGCAAUACAUAAACAUCUGGUAAGAGAUAGUCCCUGCCUCCAGAGUUUAUAAACUGAAGAAACAAGAAAAAGCAAAGGAACAGAAACACACAGAUUAAUUGAUUCAAUCAAGGUCACAUAGGUAGAUAAUACCAGGAACUAAACCCAGGUCAAUCAAGUCUCAGGUCACAAGACCAUCAUUCUGCUCUUUUUGCUACUGCAAUGUGUGCAAGCAUUACUUCUUGUGUUCAAAGGCUCUGCAAUGCUGUAUUUUACACAUAUGUGAAAUGAUUGUGAGUAAAACCUUGGCAGAUGGUGUUCUCAUUUCCCCUCCAGCUUUCUCCUAUGUGGGCAAAAGAUAGCUCUUGGAAAUGUUUCACCGGGCUCCCAGGCAUGGAAGAGAGCACGCAAACUCAUUUAAACAGGCUAUGGUUAUUUGCUUAAUAUCACACAUAACAGAAUUGAAUCCCAGGUUAAUUAUCAAGUCAGGAGUUUAAUCCUAUGAGUUUGAUUCAGUCCGUAAAUCUCAUGAGCCAAGUUUACAUGGUUUGUGACAUCAACAAACUUCUUCAAUUCACUUACAGCUUGUAUUCAGUCAGGGGGCCACGUAUUCAUUCCAUGCAUGCUCAACUAUAGUUUAAGGCUUUCCAUAAUGCUACAAUUGAGUGUUUAUGAAGGUGGCAAGGAUAAAGCUCCAUUGUUUUAGGAGCCCCCCCUCCCAUUAAUAGCCUACAGUAAAGAUAUUUCUGAAGGGGAUCAUUUUAACAAUGAUAGUGCAAUAAAUGCUGAAUCCCUCUUGUAUGUGUCAAAGUGGACCCCAAUGCGUCUAUCCAAGUGUUUCUCAAAGAGGGCCAACAAAUUCAUCUGGCCUGUGAGCACUAGCUUCCUGGACUUUAUUUUCUCUAUAGGCAUAAAUAGCAACAUCCUUUUUUACCAGGCCUUCUUUUCAUGUAAAAUUAAAA